CUGGUUUGGCUAAGCGACAACCAAACCUGUAAAGAAUGGUUCUUUAAAAAUCUCAAAACCCCAUAAGACUGAGAGAGAUAGAGAGAAGGACCCAAUAGUGGAUCCUCCAAAGCCCCAAUCACCCAGACCACCUUGAUCGAUAUCUGAAAGAAUGGCGAACCACGUUGGUCCCCCCGAAAUCCGACGACUCACUUCUCCGACAAACAAUUUCUACCGGAUUAUGGAGCCCGCCCUUUUUCACGACAAUAAACUGCGGAUUUCAGGAAAGAUUGGAAAGAAGUUUGGUAAUGAGCUUACUAAUGUGUGUACACUCACAGUUCCAAACGGAUGCAUAUGGAAAAUCCAAUUGGAAAAGAUUGACAAUAAGUUUUGGCUCACAAAUGGUUGGAACGAAUUCGUAAAACACCAUGCUAUUGCUAUAGGACAUUUUCUUCUUUUCAUAUACGAGGGGAAUUCAAGCUUCCGAGUUAACAUACAUGAUUUGACAGUUUCCGAGGUUAAAUAUCAAUGCCAUUCACUUAAUGGCUUUGAAGAUCCUUUCAGUGGGAAGCACUGUACUCCACAUUACAAAGGUGGUCUUGUAGAUGAAGGAGUUGAAAUCUCGAAAAGUUAUUCUCCAUGGGAAACACCACCCACUGCCUUUUCACGCAACAAGUUUUAUGAUGGUCAAAUGAGUAGAAGUUACAGUCAGUCAUAUAUGGGCAACCUUAACAAUUCGCAGUUUCGAUCUGAUUUAGAAAAUCCAAAACGGGAAGGAAUGAAUUCUUCACCAGAAGUCUUUAGGUUGGAGUAUUGGUGCCCGAGUAUGGGAUACCAUAGGGCAGAGUCAUCCAAAAGGAACCUAAUUGGUGAAAAUGAGAAUUUGAUGAUUGGUACUCCCUAUAUGGUAUACAACUUCGAUGGAAGUGAACUUAAAGGGAAUGGUGGAAAUUUAAUCAUCGAUAAAGAGGUAGAUGUUAGACAACCGAUGGGUCGUAUACGUGAUGUUGGCAUUCAAUGCAGUUUUAAUGAGAAUAUGACUACUGGAUCUCAUCUGCGAACUAAAAAAUCUGAAUCUAACAAGAAAAGAAAGGGAGAUUCCAUAUCUGAGGAAAUGAUGGCAGGAAAAGUCGGAGGUGAACUUAGAAGUCCCGAAGCUCAAUCAGGGCUAAAGAGGUCUAGGGAGAUAUCACCCGAAGAAAAGGAGAGAGUUCUCAAUGCAUCGAAAUCCUUUCAAUCAAUAAACCCAUUUUGUCGAGUAGUUCUUAGACGAUCCUAUGUGUACAAAGGUGUAGGCUUGCACAUGCCUGCAAAAUUUGCUGAUACUUAUCUCAGUGAGGUAUCAGGAUUUGUGGUGCUUCAAGGUCCUAACGGUGAGAAGUGGCCGGUUAAGUGCUUAUGGAGAGAUGGUUCGGCUAAGUUAAGUAAGGGAUGGCCGGAGUUUGCAUCUGAAAAUAAGUUAGAAGAAGGAGACAUCUGCAUAUUUGAGCUAACCGACGGGAGGGAGUUUGUGUUGAAAGUGAUAAUAUUUCGAGCUCGAGGAGAAAAUGCAGGUGGAAUGAUGAAUCAAAUAGGGAAAGGGUAUAAUAUUAACAACAGCAGGCCAAAUGUUCAACUCAAUCAAUUAUCAGUUGGUUGUGAUCUAAAUGGAUGAGUUUUUUUAUUUUCCAACUGUUAUGUGCGGCCUCUUUAAUACAGAUGUGCUUGUUCUCUCAUAGAUGGUAUCAUUUGACUUCAAUUUUAACAAACUUGGAGAAAUUGGUUCUUAAUUUAAGAACUUCUAUUUUAUUUGAAAAAGAAGUGUAAGGUACAAUAAUGGUUCAUUUGACUGGUACAAGUUGUAGCUUUUUUCUAAUUGAAUAUGUAGAGAUUGGAGAUGGCUAAUGGUUAUGA